AUGACGUUCCGUGCAAGAACGAGAAGCAUUCAUGACACCAGUUAUGAACUCGCUAUCAACGAUUGGGAAUAUAACAAAACCAUUACAAAGAAAGGUCUCUUCGGCUUUCAAAUGAGAAAGUUCCAAAGUAAUUACAUUAAAACUACAAAGUACACAUGGUGGAAUUUCAUCUUUCUCAAUUUAUUCCAUCAAUUUAAGAAAAUUAGUAACUUGUAUUUCAUAUUGGUGUUGAUAUUUGCAUUCAUUCCUGGAGUGAGUCCAACCACUCCCAUUGCAACUUUGCAAGUGUUUCUCAUCAUGAUUGUCAACAUGAUUAGAGAAGGAGGUGAGGAUUUCUUUAGAUAUUUGAAUGAUCGAAAAGUGAAUCACAUGCCCACUCAGGUCUUGAGAAAUGGUUCUUUGGUUAAGGUAAAAGCUUGUGAACUUCAUGUUGGAGAUGUUGUUAAGGUCGAACAGGAUCAAUCCUUUCCUGCAGAUUUGAUUCUCAUGGCAUCCAGUGCUGAAGAUGCGAGUUGUAAGAUUGAGACGGCAAAUUUGGAUGGAGAAACCAACCUUAAAACACGUUAUGCACCAAACAUUCCCAUCUCGUACAAUUCUCUUGACAAGUUAGCGUUAACGAGAGGUAAAAUUAAUUGUGAAUUACCAAAUCAGGAUAUUCACAAAUUUAAAGGAUCACUCUCACUGGAGGGUCAUGCUCAUGGCAUUCCACUCUCUCAUCUGAAUUUACUGUUGAAAGGAUCCAUUCUCAAAUCGACUGAAUACGCCAUGGGAAUUGUCAUUUACACUGGAAAGGAUACCAAAAUUAUGAAAAAUAUGAAUAAGGGACGAGUGAAAUUCAGUUCUGUGAAUUACAUGUUGAACAUUUUCAUUGCAAUGGUGGCUGUGAUUUUGGUUGCAUUGUGUUUACUGUUUGCAGGCUUGUCCUCAUAUCACGAAUUCACAUUGGCUAGAAUAUCCAAAUAUACUGGUGUUCCUAAAUUAAGGGUCAAUGAUGCUACCAGUGUGGUCCUUUCCUUUCUCACGUUUUUCAUUCUAUUCAACUUAUUGAUCCCCAUUUCCUUAUUUGUUACAUUUGAAUUUGUGAAAAUGAUUCAAGCUUGGUUCAUUACUCGAGAUAACAAAUUGGCAGUCUUUGGAGCAGAUCCUCAUAAUCCAGAGAGAAACAUUUUAGUAAGAUCCACUGCUCUCUCCAGCGAUUUGAAUGCAGAUUUAGCCAAAAUAGAUAUCAUCUUUUCUGACAAGACAGGAACCCUGACAGAAAAUUCCAUGAUUUUCAACAAGUGUUGUGUGGGUAGUUCUUGGAUUCAUGAUGACAUUACACAAAAAGGAGCUCUUGGAAAUGAGUUGGCAAGAAUGUACCAGGAAUUGAAAGACAAGUCUCUAGACAGUGUAGAUGUCCUUACGUGCGAAGAAGAGCUUCUCUUUUCAUCAUUGAAUACUCUCUUGUUGCUCGCAUUAUGUCAUGAUGUGAGUCCAAGAGAUCUUUCUACUUCAAAGGAAGAGAAAGCAAGCGUUCCAACUUAUGAGGGAGCGAGUGUGGAUGAAAUUGCACUCGUUCAAGGCGCUUUUAAUAAUGGAUUUCAAGUCAAAUUUUGUUCAGACAAGACCACCAUUGUGUCCCUUCUUGGAAAGGAUUACACUUUUGAGAGAGUGAGUGAAAUUCCAUUCACACCAGAGAGAAAACGAAUGAGUGUCGUGUUUGAAAUUUCUGAAGAGUUUCUCACUGAUUUUCCAGUCUAUCGAAAAAUGUACCACAAGAUGUCAAAGGCGACAAACCAAUCGUCAAGCUCUUCAACUACUUUGAAUGGAGGAGAAUGUGAAAAAGUUCUUGUAUGUUUCACAAAGGGAGCAGACAGUUUUCUCUUCCCAUGUAUUGAGGCAUUGAAUUCUGAACAACACAAAACAAAACUCGAUGAACACAUUCUCAACUUUGCAAAACAAGGGCUUAGAACUUUAUUGUUGGCUUUCAAAUUUGUGGAUUCCAAACACGUUCAAGAUUGGGUACUUCGAUACAAUUCUGUCAAAUCAGUGACCAGUGUGAAUCAUGAUACUGAAUUGGCAUUAGAAACACUCGAGAAAGAAAUGGAACAGAAUUUGAACAUUGUUGGUGCCACUGCUAUUGAAGAUAUGCUUCAACCACAAGUUCCUGAAACCAUUAAAUUCUUCCUCGAUGCAGGAUUACAGCUCUGGAUGCUAACAGGAGAUAAACGUGAGACAGCUCUCAAUGCAGCCUUUAUGGCAAACUUUAUUGAUGAGAAUUCUCAGAUUAUUUCACUCAACGGUGAAGAUAUUCAAAAAUCUCAGGAAAGUGUCAAUAAGGCAAUUGAGGAAUUAUUAGUGAACAUUACAUCCAAGAAGGUGGAUCAUAUUUCUUCAGCGGUGGCAUUAAUUAUCGAUGGACAUGCAUUUUCACACUGUAUGGAACAUGAAACCAGUACGAAAUUAUUUGUUGAACUCAUCAAGAAGUGUAAAACUGUGAUUUGUUGUAGAGCGACCCCAAAGCAAAAAGCGCAGUUAGUUGAGAUUACCAUGAGAAGACUUCGAAAAACAGGUUUAGCUAUUGGAGAUGGUGCCAAUGAUGUUCCAAUGAUCCUAAAAGCCAAAGUAGGGAUUGGCAUUAUGGGUAAAGAAGGAACUCAAGCAAAGCUUGCUUCUGAUUACUCUAUUCCAAGAUUUUACAUGUUGAAACGUUUAUUAACAGUUCAUGGAAGAUACUCUUUCAAGCGAUCUGAUAUUCACGAAAAGCAUUUAGAAGAUCCAGAGAUUGGACCUAAACUCUACUCGAGUUUGAAAACUGAGAAUAUCUUCAAUGUUUAUACCUUUACAAAAUGGAUUGGAAGUGGAAUUCUUCACAGCGCUAUUAUAUUCUUCUUUGUCAUGUACGCUUCACAUCCUUUUGGAUUAGCCACAGGUGGAAUGGAAGAUGGCUUGUGGUUGAGAUCUAUUUUAGUGUGUUCCUGUGUGUAUUGUGUGGUGAAUUUCAAAUGUUACUUUGAAAUGGAGAGUUUUACCAUUUUACAUCAUUUAGCAAUGGCUAUAUCAUUCAUCUUGUACUAUGGAUUCAAUGCCAUUCAAGCAAAUACUCUUUCGAGAAGUUUUGUUAUUACCGACACAAAUAUGUACCGAGUGUGGAACGUUGGUAUUGUUUCUCCAGCUUUUUGGUUGACUCAUAUCUUGUGUAUUGUGACUCCACUUUCGAUUGAAUUAGCUUUGCAUGGAUUGAAGUGGAUGUUGUGGCCAGAUGUCUAUCAAGUCGUGAGAAUGAACACUAAUUCUAGAAAGAAAAAGAAUCAGACAUCUCAACAAGCAACGAAAGAUCAAAUGCUCGAACUUUCUUAUUAUAGAAAUGCAGAAUUGAAACAGUUGAGCUCAACAAUGCGUUUGAACGAGAGUGAGACAUCGUUUACUUCAUCACAACCUUCACAAAUUUAA